UCCACUCGCCAUCCUGUUCCCCACAUGCGUGUGUGCCUGUGUCGCAGGUAAACAGGCUCACCGAGAAACUGUUCCACUUUUGCUUGGUUCCGGGGUUUCAAAGAUGGCGUCCGCCUUGCUGAAGGUUGCAGUGGCAGGUCUCUCCAGAUGUUCCCGUCUGCCACUCCUGAGAGCUUAUUCAAUGACAUCAACCCUCCACCAGGGCGUUCCCUCAUCUCUGUGGAAGCUGGGGAGGCUGAACCACAUCGCUAUCGCUGUCCCUGACAUGGAGAAGGCCACGGCUCUGUAUCGGGACGUGCUCGGGGCCACGGUGAGUGACGAGGUGCCCCUGCCCGAGCACGGCGUCUCGACGGUGUUUGUGGAGCUCGGCAACACGAAGCUGGAGCUGCUCCAUCCUCUGGGGGAGAAGAGCCCCAUCGCUGGCUUCUUACAAAAGAACAAGUCUGGAGGGAUGCACCACAUUUGUAUCGAGGUGGACAACAUCAACGCUGCGAUAGCCGACCUGAAAGCUAAGAACAUCCGAACUCUGUCAGCAGAGCCCAGGAUAGGUGCUCAUGGGAAACCAGUGAUGUUUCUUCAUCCUAAAGACUGUGAUGGCGUUCUGGUGGAGCUGGAGGAAGCGUGAAAACCUCAAUAUGACCGGGACUCUGGGCGUUGUUAAUUCACUUUCACAUAUUCCAGAGUGAAUCUGAUUAUUAACAAAUGUUGAUUUUGUAGUAUAGUUCAUCGUAGCACUUAAGUUUUGAACAUCUAAUUUCAGAAAGGGGCCUCCCUGUUGUUCAGAGCUGUUCUAGUUGGGAAUAAACUACUGAGUGGUGUGUUAUGACCGCUUCCAUAAAGUGUAUUUCUGAUGAAUGUUGAAUAUACAAAGUGUAACCUAAAAUGAAAAUGGCUUAAAUGUAUUAAAGUUUUCAUGUAGGUGAAACCUACUUUCAGUA